AAAUACGCCGAGGACGAGCUGGAGCAGAUGCGUACGGCCCUGAAGAAGGCGGAGCGGGAGCUGGGCUCGCGGGCACACUGGGCCCCCCCGGGGGCCCUGCAGACCUGGCUGCAGCUCACACACGAGGUGGAGGUGCAGUACUACAACAUCAAGAAGCAGAGCGCAGAGAAGCAGCUGCUGCAGGCCAAGGACGGGGUGAUGUGGCAGGCUGAGAAGAUCAAGAAGAAGAGGGGAACUCUGUUCGGGACGUUCCACGUCGCUCACAGUUCUUCCCUGGACGACGUCGACCACAAGAUCCUGUCUGCCAAACAGGCCCUGGGGGAGGUGACGGCCGCCCUGAGAGAGAAGCUCCAUCGCUGGCAGCAGAUCGAGUCUCUGACCGGCUUCACCCUGGUCAACAACCCUGGUCUGGCUGCCUUGGCAACCGCCCUCAACCUUGACCCCUCCUUUCUGGGCCUGCGCACUCCGCCCCCCCAGCACCUCCUCCUGUCGGACGACCUGGACGACAUGGAUGAGGACAUCCUGUCCCCAGGAACGAUGCAGUACGCAGCCUGGCAGAUGGAUCUGCGAGUGAGCGACCUCUGGCCCAUGAGUGGCGUCACCGACAACCAAUCCCCAUGGAAGCAUUCUGCUCCCAACCUGAUGCCCCUGCGACAGCGACCAGGAGACCCCGCGCUGGCUCUCGGCUCUCAGAGGGAUCUGAACCGCUCGGACUCCGACUCUUCCCUCCCUCUCUCCCAGAGCGAAUCACAGCGCUCCUACGGCUCCCGGGCCACGCCCCCCAAGCAGCUCCCUCUGCUGUCCGGCCUCACGUCCAAUGGGAGCCGGCCACGCGUCUCCCACGGCGACAGCCCCUUCGCGGCAUCAUGCGGCCUGGAGAAAAGCUCCAGUUUAGGAGAGCUUCGAGGAAGCCACGCCCUCUCCUCCUCUUACUCCACCCACUCCCUCUGCCCCUCCGCCCUGGACCCUGACCCCACUGCCCCCACCCCGGGGCUGGGCAAGGUGAACAGCCGCAUCCCCCACCUGGGAGCCAAGAAGGGGACCCUGGAGGAGGACAGCUACUCCACCGGAGAGGAGAAUGACUCGGCCGGCGGGCGCAAGAGGAGCACCUUCAAGAUCUUCAAGAAGAGGAAGUAGAACCAGGAGACUUUGACUCCUGUCGUUUAGGGAACCGGGCAGCCCUGAAAAUAGUUUUUAUUUAAUUUUUGUAUGUAUUUUUGGGGGCAUUUUUCAUGCUUUAUUGGACUGUUUUUAAGUGAUGUUGACAGGAAAGGCAGGAAGAGAGAGAAGAGAGAACAGACGAGAGAGAGAGAGGGCAUGCAGCGAGGGGCCCAGGCCGGACCGUAGCUUAUCGUAAGUGCAUGGGCCCCUCGUUUCUCACCUAUACGUAUUUAUACCUUUGGGGUCUUGUGGCUGUGUUCCCCACUGCAGAGUUACCAGAUACAGCUUGCUGUCCUGUCUCUGACAGCUUCCUGUUCUGUGUCUGACAGCUUCCUUUUGCCUUUUAUACAGGCCAUGUUGCUGGAGGAAAACUGACCUCCUGCCUGAUCACUGUGGCUAGUCCCAAAGGCGAACGGUUUAAAAACAUUAUUUGUGUAUAGCACACCAUCAUGCUUUGCUAAGCUGCAAAUGGGUUAGUGGUUAGUCCAAGGUUUAUUUAUGUCAUCUGGUUUAUAAGCUUUAAGGGUCAUUCUUUCAUGUUUUGUUUUUACCAGGUACUUCUCUGUUUCAGGGACAGUUGGAACAGAUUUUUUUAAUACAAAUAGGAAAUAUAUGUUGGCUAAUUAUGUUUUUGCAUUGAUGACAUGGGAUGUAAAUGUGUUUGCACUUGGUGAUAAGAGUUAUUUAAUAACUUUUGAUUUUGCCAGGUUAAGAAACUAUAUAUGUACAUUAAGAUGAUUGAGAUUUAAUUGUCCUACUAAAUGGAAAAUGUGGCAUUUUUUUUGCAAAUUUUGACAUGUGCACACACACAUCACCUUAAAUAAUUACUUUGAAAUAUUAACAUUAAAAACAUUUGUUUGGUAUUUAAGACAGAUAAUAAUAAUAAUAAUCAUCCUGCUUUGUCAGACUUUAGGUGGUAAAUUGUAAUGUUCAGGUGAGUUUGUCAAGCAACAGUAUGUACUGUAUGUUAGGACAUAAAGGUGUGUGUGUGUGUGUGUGUGUGUGUGUGUGUGUGUGUGUGUGUGUGUGUGUGUGUGUGUGUGUGUGUGUGUGUGUGUGUGUGUGUGUGUGUGUGUGUGUGUGUGUGUGUGUGGAAGGCCAAGCUUCACUGUGUGCUUUUUCCCACUGUUGUUUUGGAAGCUCAGAGCAUCGAACCUUCACUUUUUAUACUCAUGCUGCAAAAAUAAACCCGCCUGUUUGAACCAAA